AUGAUGUGCGCAGCCAAGAGAGGAGGAGCAGCCAUGAGGCAAGGAGCAGCCAAGAGGCAAGGAGCAGCCAAGAGGCAAGGAGCAGGCAAGGGGCACGGAGCAGCCAAGAGGCACGGAGCAGCCAAGAGGCACGGAGCAGCCAAGAGGCACGGAGCAGCCAAGAGGCACGGAGCAGCCAAGAGGCACGGAGCAGCCAAGAGGCACGGAGCAGCCAAGAGGCACGGAGCAGCCAAGAGGCACGGAGCAGCCAAGAGGAACGGAGCAGCCAAGAGGCACGGAGCAGCCAAGAGGCACGGAGCAGCCAAGAGGCACGGAGCAGCCAAGAGGCACGGAGCAGCCAAGAGUCACGGAGCAGCCAAGAGGCACGGAGCAGCCAAGAGGCACGGAGCAGCCAAGAGGCACGGAGCAGCCAAGAGGCACGGAGCAGCCAAGAGGCACGGAGCAGCCAAGAGGCACGGAGCAGCCAAGAGGCACGGAGCAGCCAAGAGGCACAGAGCAGCCAAGAGGCACGGAGCAGCCAAGAGGCACGGAGCAGCCAAGAGGCACGGAGCAGCCAAGAGGCACGGAGCAGCCAAGAGGCACGGAGCAGCCAAGAGGUACGGAGCAGCCAAGAGGCACGGAGCAGCCAAGAGGCAAGGAGCAGGGAAAACAGGUAGGAGAGCGACGAUGGGGAAGACGAAACUAAACAGCGAGGAGAAAACAAGAAGGGAGAGAGCACGGAAGGAGGAGGGAACAUGGCAGAGCUAUGCGGGUGAGCUGCUGCAGAUUGCCCAGUUCUUUCGGAACGGAAGCUUUGAGAUUGCCGUGAGAGGCGGUGCUGCUGCAUUGAUGGGCCGUGGCAGGCAGGCAUGGGGGAGAGGGUAG